UUGGGAUUGGCUAUGCUCUGAACCAGAUAUGUUUGUACGUUCAAUGUGCGUUUUGGACAAAAUUCGAGCAAAAGGUAGCGUCGUGCGUUGGAGUUGACUCAGGUAGAGGAGGAGGAGGAGGAGGAGGAGGAUGGAACCGCCGCGACACGUGUGCGUGACCGGCGGCGGCGGGUUCAUCGCCUCGUGGCUCGUCAAGCUGCUCCUCUCCCGGGGCUACGCCGUCCACGCCACCGUCCGCGACCCCAGUGACCAGAAGAACGCGCAUCUGAUGCAGCUGGACGGGGCGGCGGAGAACCUGCGUCUGUUCAAGGCCGACGUGCUCGACAGCGCCGCGCUGGCCGCCGCCGUCGAGGGGUGCGAGGGCGUCUUCCAUGUCGCCUCCCCCGUCCCUGCGGAUAAGAUCCUCGAUCCUGAGUCAGAAGUCAUGGUGCCUGCCGUGAAGGGAACCUUAAAUACUCUUGAAGUUUGCUCAUCUCUGAAGGUUCAGAAGGUUGUGGUGGUGUCAUCCACUGCUGCUGUUCGUUAUAACCCCAACUGGCCUCUGGGUAAACCCAAAGACGAGAGUUGCUGGUCGGACAGAAAAGUAUGCAAGGACAAUGAGAUCUGGUAUUGUCUUGCUAAAACUGUUGCUGAACAGACAGUUUGGGAAUAUGCAGAGAAGAACGAGCUAAAUGCUGUUACAGUAUGCCCUUGUAUUGUUUUGGGGCCACAAUUGCAACGUGUUGUCAAUACUACAAGCGAACUCCUCCUCUAUGUCAUAAAAGGAGGUCCUAAUGUGUUGAAUGACAUGCUGUGGCACAUAGUCGAUGUCCGUGAUGUGGCCGAUGCCCUGCUUCUAGUAUACGAGAAACCAGAAUCAUCCGGAAGAUAUAUCUGCGCACCAAAUUAUAUUAGCACAAACGCUAUGUUGGAGUUGCUAAAGAAGACGUACCCUGACUACAACUAUGUAAAGUGCAAGGCUGAUGUGCAUCAGAACUCUCCUACCACGCUGAUCACGUCAGGAAAAUUGAAUGAUCUGGGCUGGAAGCCGAGGGCAUUGGAGGAGACGCUACUGGACAGCAUCGAUUAUUACCGGAAGACAGGAAUUCUGCAGGAUGGGGAGGGACAGACCUACCGCCUCCCUGAUAUUUUCCGUCGUUUUCAAGCUGCCGAGGAAUGAGUCAAGAGCGGCAGUGGCCAGUGCUUUCUAGUUAUGUCAUUGUGCUUGUAACUGCGGAACAUGCAUUGGAGUUCCCAGGUACCACACGCCCCUAUAUGAAUAUAGCAUAAAAAAAAACCAGGAAAUGUAAAAAAAUUCUAAAACUUUGGAUAUCAUAUCUGGGUGCCAAUUGUACACCCGUGUUCAA